ACCAACCAUGUGCUGAUGGCCCAACCCUAAAUAACUUCCACUGUGGUGUGAGUGAACCUGCAGCACCCCUUCCUCACAGCGCAGAGAGGGACAGUGACGAAGGAGAAAGUGUGUGAGGAAGAGUGUGUGACAGAGAGAAGGUAAGAAGAUGAGAGUUGACAUUUGAGGAGAGCUGAUGCGUGUCUUUGACUCACGUGGCCGCAUGGAUUCACACAGUGCGUGUUGAACAGCAACAGAAACCAAACAAAUGUGGAUAAUAGAUUCAAGAAGAUCUGGACCGGACCAUUUCAGCUGAAGAGUUGGAGCUGUUUCCCAGUAGACUCGACUGACGACGGCUGGAUAAACAUCCUGGACUUUCAGUUCUGAGUCUGGAUAUUAGUGAUUGAUGAGUCAGUGAGGUCUCUCAGCAGAGAGGUGAGUGUGUGUGCCUGCCUGGACAGCUUGAGCUCUUACAGAGGAUCUCAAAGAGAGAUUUCCCCUGUGUUUGUCAUACGUUAUGUCUGUGAAAUGCUCUGAUUCAUCAACACAGAAAUAUAUAUAGAGUAUCAGAAAGUCCCCACCAAGUCUGUAAACACGGCCUGGGUGGGGACAGAAUAAUGCACCCAAAGCCCAGAGCCCAUCCACCCACACAAGGUACCAACAGCAGCUUCCUGACCAUCUGGAUAUCCUGCCACACUUUCAUCAAGGAUCUAGAAUGAGAAACACUCCAGGCUGGAUUUGAUCUCUGGAUGUCAUAAUCACAUCUUUUGCACCAAGACGCUUCUCAGUUCUUGUUUUUGUGGGACUGCUUUGGACUUGAGCUAAAACUUUGAUCUGCUUAAGACUUCAUCAUCUUCUAGCGGACAUCCAGAAUCCUUCUGAGGUCCUGAAGGCUUUACCCCUUGAAGAACUCACUGCUGAAUAUUUAUUUCUUCUCCCACGCUCACCCAGUUAUGGAUUCACAGGGUGGUCCAUACCUCAACAAGAGGGCCCUCUGCUCACCUCUGGGUGCUGCCCGUCUCUGUCAGUUAGCCAUGGGCUGUGCUGUGAUUGCCAUGGUAACCCACAGUGCCGGCUACAGUGGUUCACAAGGUGUGUUUUGCAUGGCGGCUUGGUGCUUCUGCUUCGCCAUGACGGUCGUGGUGUUUUUUCUGGACGCCACUCGCCUCUACAGCUGCCUGCCCAUAUCCUGGGACAACCUCACCGUCACAUGUGCCGCCUUCGCCACGCUCAUGUAUGUGACAGCCUCUGUGGUCUACCCACUCUUCUUUGUCCGAUCCGAGUGCCCCUACGCCGGCUGUGAUGUCCGAAAUUUCCGCAUCGCUGUGACCGUCUGCUCCAUCCUGGGUGCUCUGUCCUACGGGGCUGAAGUGGCCUUGUGCCGAGCCAGACCAGGCCAGGCUGUGGUGGGCUACAUGGCCACCGUGUCUGGCCUCCUCAAAGUCGUUCAGGGCUUUGUGGCCUGCAUCAUCUUUGGAGCUCUGGCCAACGGGAGCGAGUAUUCCCGUUACGCCGCCACAAUCUUCUGCGUUGUCGUUUAUGCUUUCUGCUUUGCUCUGACUGCACUGGUGGUCGUCAUGACUGUGUGUGGGCGGACUAAGGCUGUGCGCUGCUUGCCCUUUGACCGCUUCGUGGUGGUGUGCACCCUCCUGGAAGUUCUGCUCUACCUGAGCGCGUCAGUGGUGUGGCCGGUGUUCUGCUUCGACACAAAAUAUGGCUCUCCAUGGAGACCGUCGUCAUGCCCUCAGGGGAAGUGUCCAUGGGACAGCAAGGUCGUGGUGGCGGUGUUUUCCUUCGUCAACUUUGUACUGUAUGUGACGGACCUGACCUACUCCCAGAGGAUACGAUUCGUCUCCUCACAUGUACCCUCUAACUCACGAAUGUAGCACCAUAUGGAAGCAUAUUAUUAUUAUAUUGGCUUAACAGGUUUAAGUUAUUAUAUGCUUCACUGUUUUUGAUUUUGUUUGUGAAUCUUUUUGAUAUUUAAAGACACAGAAAAUGUAUUGAGGGGAGAGAUGGAUAUGAGUCAAAGAGCCCAGGACAUCACUGGUGCUACACAUUGUCAAACACUGAGGUGCCCCAUAUUCGAUGUGAAAGCACUGUGGAAUUUUACCGCUACGUCCGCUCUCUCUGCCACGUCCCUCUGAGGUGACACCCCAUCUCUUUAACUCACCCCUGCUGCCCUCUGAGGGAUUUUGGGAGAGCCUCACCCAAGCAGCCAGGGCCCACUGGUAUGUCCAGCCAAAUCCUCAUAAACCAAGACACUCCCGCUAUUCUUGACCUGCAGCAUAACACACACACACACACACACACACACACACACACACACACACACACACACUUGCUGCUGAUAUUGCGGGCUGUAUUAUAAAGUGUUACCAAGUCUUGAAUAUAAAUAGUAAAUCUAGCAUUGGCAUCUGUGGCAUGCCUGCGAACCCCUCACCGGCGAUCUACCGGCAUUACUCAGGCUGCCAAAAAUAAACACGAGCUGUCUGCACUCAUAUUGAAGCAGUGAGACAGCAUUUAUAAGAGGCCGCUGUCUUUAAAACCUCUUUAUGAAACACUUCCUUCAGUCUUCAGUUUGACUGCCACGUUUGAAAACGCACAAUAUUCACAAUUUCACAAUUUCACAAUUUCACAAUUUCACCAUUUCACAAUCUGAACAUGGUCAUCGUGACCGAGGAAUGUUUGCACAUUAUCACAGAAGAUGGAUCGUGUGACCUGUACUACAUUUACACUGGCAGUUACAAAUGAUCUGUGUGGUUAGAUGUUUUUUGUAGAUUGUAUUGAGACACUACUGGUACAUACUAGUUUAAUAUGGACUUGAAAUAAUCAAUAUUUUUAUAUUCACAAUGGAUCAAAUGACUAUGUGUGGAUAUGAAAGGUUUCGCUCAUUAUUACCAGUGGUGGAAUGUAACUAAGUACAUUUACUCAAGUACUGUACUUAAGUACAAGUUUGAGGUACUUGUACUU